UGUGUUGCAUGUAAUUCAAAGAGAGUCGCUGGCUGCGUUAUUAUCGUGGCUCAGUUUAAAUAUCGGUGCAGCGUGUUCUUUCUCUGCUGAAGCACACUGCGCCUCGUCUGUUUUCAAGCUUUUGUCAUUUUAUGAGAGGAAUAAAAUUGUAUAAGUUACAGAAAAACGUUGUUCGGUUACAACAAACCAUUAGUCGACUGCUGGCGAUAAUUUGGGAUUAUGGUCGUCAAGGUUUACGUCGCUUCCUCAAGUGGCUCUAUCGCGGUAAAGAAACAUCAGCAGGCAGUUGUGGGUUUCCUGGAGGCAAAUCGAAUUAACUUCCAGGAAGUCGACAUUACCAUGCUGGAGGAGCAGAGGCUCUGGAUGUACCGCAACAUCCCCAAGGAAAAGAAACCAGAGAAAGGCAAUCCGCUGCCUCCACAGAUCUUCAAUGAGGAUCGCUACUGUGGUGACUACGAAGAUUUCUUCCAGUCAAAGGAGAACAACACUGUGUUUGCAUUCCUUGGACUCAGUUCUCCACUCAGAUUUAGAGUGCUAGAUCAAGCUCAUCUUUACACAUGCAUAACUUCCUGCAUUGCAUCACUUCCUUUCUCGUGACAACUCCAGAGUUUUGCCAAACUUCAGCCCUGGUGAAAGCCACCUCGCUGACCCAUUCACCGGAUCUGAAAAGGGCCCAACGCUGCAGCUACAGAGAUGAAAUCAUGGAGGACUAACUUUGGCUGGGUUCCGUUUGUGUUUGGUUUUGUUGCUUAACUUGUGUCGGCAAACGAUGCUUGUAGCACAUAUCCCUGCUAACUCGAGAACCACGUAGCAGCAUUUUCAUCAGUGGCCUUUUAAAAGUGUCAGUGCAAUGGAUGGAGGUAAAUGUUUAGGCGCUUCACUGCAGGACAGCUUUUGUUUACACCCUUGUUUAAGUGAGCGAACAUCUGUGUGCAUACUUUCUGUUAGCGUCCGCAUCAGUCAGCAGCUGCUAAUGAAGGUUGGUUGAAUGAAGGGAAGACUUAAUGUAGCCUAAAACAAACCAGGAGUUCGCCUGGGUGCCUGUCUGUGUCAAUGUUAUGACCAAAUGUUAGAAAAUGUCAGAAUUAAAUAAUUUGUAGCUACCUGUAUCUAGUUAAAUAAUGCUGUUUCAAUAUUUCAUGUUCAUUUGUUUUCUGUGCAUGCAGUCCGUCUAGUGGCUUGAUUUAAACUUGGGACAUUUUGGCCUUCCCAUGCUGUCUCUGGGUCUAUUUCUUGGACUCUUCAGUUCUAUUGAGGCUGCAUUUUGUUACAGACAAAGACAAACAAAGGCUGUGUGGAUCAUUUUAAUCCUCGGAUUAGGUGCUCCAGUUGUUUUGACAGCUUGUGUUUCCCCUUCUCUCUACACUGCCAAAUGUCAAAGUAAACAUGCACUCCACUGUGGACAGACUUCCAUAUUUGUGCUCUAUAUGCCACAAAAUAUAAGUUUAACUUUUCUUAACUUUCAGUCUUAAGUCUAUAUUUGCUCUCAAAUCCCUGUUAAAUUGUGUUGGUUCAUCAUUCUGGAUGAACAUGUCUUAUUUUAUCUAUUAUUUUACGUAGCAUUACAAGCAAAGUUUCAUGCAAAAAUAUUCCCAAUUUUGCUGAUAUGUCUCCGUUGUUUUUGCAUCAUAAGAUGACCUUGUAUUUUUUUGUUAACAGUAAUCUACAGGUACACUGUACCACAGAGUAUACUGUGCUACUCUUCCUGUUUUGCUGUCUUUUUUUUUAUUUUGGCUUAUGUUUCUUCUUGUAAUAAGCUCAUAAGAAUUGUACUCAAUCACACAUUACUGUAAAGAUUAUUUUUGCAUAAAUGCAGAUUACAUUAUUUCACAAUAAUUGCUUUGCUGUCAAGUGCAUUUUAUUUUUUACAUUAGCUUUCCUUUUACUAUUUUAAAAUGGUUUUACUCUGUAACAGAGAUGAGCACAAUAAAUGAAUCGGUAGAAGGAGAUCAGCACACCCUGGAAAAACAUGACAUGACUGCAUGUAAACACAAUAUUAAAAACCAGUAUUUUAUAUGACUGGACAUGAUAAUGACAGGGUAGCUUUUUUACAGGUUCUACAAUGAAUAUAAUCAUAAAAUCUACAAAACGCAACAGAUUCUAAACCUAUAUUUCAGUAAUUCCCCUGGUCCUCAAUAAUUUAAAACAGCUUCUUUUGCUACUUGUUUACAUAACAGCAAAUUAAUAAUCCCAGUCACGUGUACUGAAAGCUCAGAAUGAAAAUAUUUGAAAUUCUGAAAACAAAUGCAGCACAAAAACAUGAUGAAUUCUUUCUCAAUCUCAAAUUACAGAGGCCAUAGUCUCUGAUCUUCUCUUGAAAGAGUCAGUUUCAAUCUUAUCCUUUCACGACCAUCAGUCAUCCUGUUUGUAACAUGAUCACUCUGUUUGUCAGGCACAGAGUACGUUACGUGGUGUAACGCAAUUUCCCAUCAGAGCCUGAUUUGUAUCUGAGUUUGUAAUGAUUUACUAGAACAUAAAUAUGUGCUUAGCCUGUUUUUCUUUCCAAACGUCACUCUUCUGUAUUUUUGUCAACGACAGAGAAAACUAACCAAAUUAUAGAAAAGUCUACAUAGAUAUUGUUGUGAUGUCUUUCAGGCAGUUUAGAGUCUUUGUGUGUUUUUUUUAAUCCUAUGUAUAUUUAUUAGUAAUCUAAAUAAUCAGUGUGUGCGUGUGAAUUUCUAAUUUAGUCGAACAACAGCGAAAAAUGAACUUUAAUGGCUCAUAAUGUUUAAGAUAUGACCUUUCACUAUUUACAAAAAAGCAAGUAUUUCCUAGUCUGUCUUUUAUUUACUUGGCAUAAUC